UUUCGCAAAAACCCUCACUGGGAAAAAGGAGAAGACGAAGACGACGACGACGAUGGUGGGAUUUGAGAGCUACGUGGUUGUUCACAACAUAGCAAAGCGGCACAACAUCGGAACACUAGCUCGAAGCGCGACGGCGUUUGGUGUUACGGAGGUGAUCCUCGUCGGCCGCCGUGACUUCAACGCCUUCGGAAGCCAUGGUUCAGCUUCUCACAUCCGUUUCCGCCAUUUUCACUCCCUCGCCGAUGCUCGCACCUACCUCAAGGAGGAGAAAGAUUGCGAUAUUUGCGGCGUAGAGAUUGCAGAUGGAGCUGCUGCGAUCAACGUACAUCCUUUCAAAAGAAGCACUGCGUUUCUUCUGGGUAAUGAGGGAACAGGAUUAUCUGCCAAGGAAUAUGAAAUAUGUGACUUCUUUGUAUAUAUUCCUCAGUACGGUUGUGGCACUGCCUCCUUGAAUGUUACUGUUGCAGCUUCUAUUGUCUUGCAUCAUUUUGGAGUUUGGGCGGGAUUUUCUGAACGUGACCGAGAUGGAAGCAAAUUUAUAGUGGCUGAUAAACCAACAAGGCAAGGGAGACGGAAUUUCUGUGCUGGUACAGAAGAAUCCAUCGUUGAAGAGCGGAAGUUGAGGAAAGAAAGUGCGGAAAAUGGGUUUUUCGACGAAAAUGGAAACGGGAAUUCGUCAUCGGAGCUUUUGAACGGUUUGUUCCUUGACGAAUAAAGUGUCUUUGAAAAGGACAAAGAUUUGAUUUUUGAGUUCAAAUCAUGGGGAAGAUCAGGAAACAUCCCCUUCAAUAUAUAGAAUCAAGCGGAGUCAGCUCCUCGUGCCUGUUCAUUGCUUAGUUACGAGAUCCUCUAAUCUUUGUUUUGCAAGUAGAGACAGCUGAUUAGGAGAAGUUGAUUACUUGAUCUUGAUUUGUUGAUUUAUGAACACAUGUUUGAAGAUGGUUUCAGGUGAUAGAAGAAUCUCAUUGUUGUGUCUUUGCAUUAAUCUUCAUAUCAACAUUU